AUGCCUCACAACGCUGCAGACAUACCUGAUGAGGCUCCGAAUACCAGCUCUAUGAGCGCGAAUGCUACCAGUAACGGCAUUAAUACUACCACGAAUGGCACUAAUGCUCAACCUUCGGAGAACGGUGAAGUUGCUGCGCAAACUAACGGCUCAACAAGACGCAGUCGCCGGAUAAGAGAAAACACGAAUGCAACCACAAACGGCACUGGUGUUCAAUCUUCAGGGAACGGUGAAGAUGCCGCGCGACGUAAUGACCCAAAUGAAAGACGCAGACGUCGGGCAGCUAGGGACACGAAUGCAGCGACCACCAACGGUACAAACGGUACUCGUGAGACAGUCGACUCUACAGCGGGGAGUGUGGAUCAGAAUCAGAACACGAGAACUGGUUAG